AGGGGAGAGGCACAGCUGGGUGGGACAGCGGAGAUGGGAGGGCCCGCGGCAGGAGGGGCUGGGAGGGCUUGGGGAGACCGAGGCGGGCUGGGAGGGGCUGCACCCGGUGGGGAGGCGCAGCUGGACGUGGGGGGAGCAUCUGGGGUGAUGAAGCCCAUCUGAAGACCAGGGGCCAUGUCUAGGACCAGGAUGCACAUCUGGGGAGUAGGAUAGCUGCGAAUGGGAGGAGGGAACCACAGCUGGACUUGGGGGAGCGUCUGGGCAGGAGGGACCACAGACAAAUAUCGGUGACACUUGUGAGAAUUGGCCACAAGUGGAUGGGGCACACACCUGUGGGCGAAAAGUACAUACUGGAUGUGGAGAGGACAUCUGGAUAUGGGAGCAUCUCGGAGGCAGGGGCUACAGCUGGAUGUGGCGACCCAUGGGGUCACCUCUGGGAGAGGGGCAGCAGCUGCAUAUCGGAGAUACAUCCCGGGAGGAGGGAGCCACAGGCGCCCCAGGAUGGAGUCCCCACCCAGCACGGCAGGCCAGGAGGAGCAGGAGCUGCGGGAGCGGGCCUUCUUCUCGUGGGCCGAGUUCAGCCGCUUCUUCGACGCGUGGUGCCAGCAGCGGCUGGCACUCUUCUUCGUCAAGAGCUCCAUGCACCUGGCGCGCUGCCGCUGGGCCAGCGCGCCCCCGCUCUACACGCUCAUCGACGUGCUCAAGUACAGCUACGUGCGGCUCGUGUGCAAGGACGUGCGCGCGCCUAGCCGGCCCACUGUGGGGCCCCCCCAGCCCGGCUGCCCGGCCUUCAUCAUCGUCAAGCUGAGCCCGCUGCGGGACCGCCUCGUGGUGACAGAGUGCCAGCUGACCCACUCGCACCCGGCCUGCCCGCUCGAGUUCGCCUACUACUUCCGCCCGGGCCACCUGCUGGCCAACGCCUGCCUGCCUGUGCGCACCACCAACAAGAUCUCCAAGCAGUUCGUGGCCCCCGCCGACGUGCACCGCCUGCUCUCCUACUGCAAGGGCCGCGACCACGGCGUCCUGGACGCCCUGCACGUGCUCGAAGGGCUCUUCCGCACCGACCCCGAGGCCAAGGUGGGGUCUCGGGAGAGGCAGCCGGGGGCGGGGGACGGCCACGCCCGGAGCCUCGCGGGUCAUUCAUUCACCCAUCCGCCCACUCCUCCAUUCGCUCCUUUCAUCCAUUCCUCCGCGCCGGUCAUUCGCCAGGUGAAGCUGGUGUUCGUGGAGGACCAGGCGGUGGUGGAGACCGUGUUCUUCCUGACGUCGCGCACCCGGGCGCUGCUGCGGCGCUUCCCGCGCAUCCUCCUGGUGGACCGGCUGCCCGGGCUGCAGGGCGCGCUGGACCUGCUGGCGGUGCUGUGCGUGGACGGCGCGGGGCGCGCGCGCCAGGCCGCCUGCUGCGUGGCGCGCCCGGGCACGCCGAGCCUGCUGCGCUUCGCGCUGGCCUCGCUGCUGCAGAGCGCGCCCGACGUCAAGGGCCGCGUGCGCUGCCUGACGGCCGGGCCCGAGGUGGCGGCGCAGCUGCCGGCCGUGCGCCAGCUGCUGCCGGGCGCGCGCGUGCAGAUCUGCCGCGCGCAGGGCCUGGAGACGCUCUUCAGCAAGGCCCAGGAGCUGGGCGGCGCCGGCCGCGAGGACCCGGGCCUGUGGCCGCGCCUGUGCCGCCUGGCCGGCGCCUCGUCGCCCGCCGCCUACGCCGAGGCGCUGGCCGAGCUGCGCGCCCACGGCCCGGCCGCCUUCGUCGACUACUUCGAGCGCAACUGGGCCCCGCGCCGCGACAUGUGGGUGCGCUUCCGAGCCUUCGAGGCGGCCCGGGACCUGGACGCGUGCGCCCUGGUGCGCGGCCACCGCCGGCGCCUGCUCCGCCGCCUGAGCCCCUCGCGCAGCGUGGCGCAGUGCCUCCGCGACCUGGUGGCCAUGCAGUGGGCCGAUGCGGCCGGGGAGGCGGCGCCCGAGGGCCCCGACGGCGGGGGGCCUUGGCCAGAGGGCGAGCCGGGGAGGGGAGCCCACUUGGAGAAGGAAAGGAUGAAGGGCCUGGAGAGCGGGGAUUGGGCAGGGGCCCCGAGAGAAGGAAGUAUUUGGCGAGGCGCCCAGUUGGAGAAGGAGUGGGCCCGAGGAGUGGAGGCCAGAGACCGGGGAGGGGCUCAGUUAGAAAGUGACUCGGGGAGAGGGUUGCAGGUCCAAGACUGGAGAGGGUCCCAGUCGGAGAACGAGCACUGGAGAGGGCCAGAGAUCAGAGACUGGAGGGGGGCCCCGUUGGAGGCCGAGAAAGAUUGGGGACCAGAAGGUUACGCAGGGAGAGGGGCCUGGUUGGAGGACGGUGGGCCGAGAGCAUUGGAAGGGUAUACCUGGAGGAUGGCCCAGCUGGAGGGUGACAGCAUUAGGGUGCUGGAGACCACAGAGCGGAGGGGGGCCCCGUUUGAUCCUGAGAGGGCCAAGAGUCUUGAAGGGAGCACCUGGCGGGGGGCCCAGCUGCACGAUGAGAGGGCACAUGGACUGAAAACCAGAGACUGGAAGGGGCCUCAGCUGGAAGCUGAGAAGGGAAGAGGGCUGGAGGUCAGGACCUGGAGGGGGCACCAUGUGGAGAAGCCCAGGGAGUUGGUCCCUGAGAAUGGAGACCAAAGGGGGCCCCAGUGGGGAGAUGAGAGGCAGAGAGGGCCAGAGGUUGGAGAAGAGAGGGAAGUGAGGUUGGGGGUCAAAAGAAGAAGGGAUCUGGAAGACGUAGUUCUGGUCCAUCUGGGGGACACGAGGGUGACAGGCCUGGAGAACGGAGAGGGAGCCCGGUCUGUUGGCCCCAAGGGCCGAGGAGAACAAGGGAUGGGGUGUGGGGGUGCAGGAGGGAGGUGUCUAGGGCUGGGGAACGGAGUCCCGUGUGGGCCCGCCAUGGGAACUGUGUGUGAAGGCGAUCCAGAAUGGGCAGGGACGCGGAGAGUGUGCCUGGCCGCUGGGGAGAGCCCGCAGGAAGGGGGUCAAGAAGAAGGUCCACGGGAACCAAAGAGGCCUUGCUGCCCCUCCGCAGAGGAGGAGGUGGACUGGGAGCCCCUGGCCAGGUUCCGAGCGGCCUGCGGGCCGGAGCUGGCGGAACUGGUGGCCGAAGAGCUGGCCUUCGCCAGGCAGCACGGGACCCGGGGUUUCCACUGGACUGGAGCUGGGUUUGCCCUUAAGGACGGAACCUCGGACUUCUUCCUGGACAGGGCCCUGACCCGCUGCAGCUGCUCUAUCCACGCCGCCCGUCGUCUGCCCUGCCGCCACCUCUUUGCGGCGCGCCUCCUCACGGGGGCAGCCUUAUUCCACAUGGACCUGCUCAGGGACUGCUGGGGGAGAGCCCCAGAGCCCUGACCCAUCGGGCCCCUGCCUGCCACCCUCCGCUGUGAGGGCAGGAGGGCGCUCUUCGAUUCCCAAAGAUAACAGGGCUGAGGCCAAGGAGGCCACCUCAGUCCCUCUGGCCACUUCCUGUGUCAUCCAGGGACCUCACCUUGGCCGUUUGCCUCUCUGGGCCCUAGGGGAAGCUGACAGUGGUCUCUGAGGUCCUGGAGGCACAGUGUGGAAGAGGGUGGCGGCUAGGACGGCUCCUGAGGGCCUCCCUCAGGAGAGGAGAUGUGUGAUGAGACAGGGGAUA